GUCAGGGCAUGACGCGCCAGUGUUUACAAUCUGCCCUACGAGCCAGAGGCGAGAGGGUUCUGUUGUUGUUGCUGCUCCGCGUCGCCUUCGCUCUCGUGUCGACUCCUUUUCUUUAUUUUUUUAUUACACAUUGUGCGUGUAGUUUUUUUAAAACAUAUAUCUAUACAGCGCUUUACUUUCCACCCGUUUAUUUUCCGCCCUUGUAGUUUCCCGAGCGACUUCUUCAAAGUUAUUAAUCUUAAACAAAAGGGGACGAGUUUAAAGCCGCGAGGAGGCCCAAGAGCGAUGCCGUCGGAAAAGUCCUUCAAGCAGCGGCGGAGUUUCACCGAGAGGGUGAAGGACGUGGAGCUGAUCCGCUCUCAGCACCCCAACAAAAUCCCGGUUAUCAUUGAGCGAUACCGCGGAGAGAAGCAGCUGCCAAUGCUGGACAAAACCAAGUUUCUGGUGCCGGACCAUGUCAACAUGAGCGAGCUUGUCAAGAUUAUACGGCGCCGACUGCAGCUGAACCCCAACCAGGCGUUCUUUCUGCUGGUGAACCAGCGCAGCAUGGUGAGCGUGGCGGCGCCCAUCUGCGAGGUGUACGAGCAGGAGCGUGACGACGACGGCUUCCUCUACAUGGUCUACGCCUCGCAGGAGACCUUCGGCUUCUGAGCCGAUCCGACCCUCCGCCGACGACUUCUCAACACGGCCGCGCCCGGACCUCGCCGCCGUGUGCGUCCUUACGACUCUCGCCACGACCCCCGACUAAUCGCCGCCUCUUUAUUUCCCUCCAUCCCUCUCCCCCACCCCAUCCGUCAUCUCGCCAACCUGCCCCACUUCGAACCUCGCAUUUUGUUUAAUUUCAUAGCUGCCAAUGUUCUGAUUUGAUGGAGCGUUGUACGCUUCUCCGUUCACGCCUACCAGUUUUUCUUCUUGACCGUGCUCUGCUUUGGAGCGAAACGGGAUGGCAAACCUGACAAUUACCUUGGAAUUGCGUCCGGUCGUAAUGUCGGAUGUUAAUAUGAAGCCUAAGAUGUCACCCUUCUCAUGGUUUGCGCGUGCAUACCACUGCUAAUUAUGCCCUCUUGUUCGUUCCCCUUCCUGACGAACACCUGCUUCGUUUUCUGCGCUGUAAGGAAUUAGGGCAAUAUCAUGGCAUGCUCUUGUGUUUUUUUAAAGGCACAAAACCGGAGCAUGCUUAGCUCCCCUUUUGAAUAUCCUAAGUUGGCAGCUAUGUAAUUUAAUUAUAAUGUUUUUAUUUUUUAAACUUGCGGUGGUAGUGCCAUCUUGACUUGGCUGCCCCAGCGGGUUUUCUUGUUUCGAGGGUGCCACCCGCUGCAAACGACUUGACAGUUAAGGCCGAUUUUUCAGGAGCCUUUUGUUGACAUUUCGUGGACCUCUUUAGCCUCAAGCCGUGGGAAUACGGGGCCACUUGUUUGCGAUCCUAGGCAAGAUUCUCUCCACGGAGGCCUGAACACCAGCCGGGCAUACAGCCGCUUUUCUCCAUCGUGAUUCCACCCCCCGUAAAAAUUUUGAAUGACACAACUGGGGAACUUUCCUGGUUUACGAAACGACACCACGGGAGUUCUCUGCAUGUGUUACUUUGGAUAAUAACUCCGACACCGUGAUAGGGACGCGUGUACAAUGUGGCAAAAGCACGAAUUUGCAACGAAUUGCAAGCGCGAGUACAUUUUUACAACACGGGAAAUAUGUAAAUUGGCACUUUACAAACCAGCCGUGCGCGUUGGAAACGGGGAGUCGUGAUGCUGCCCGAAAUGCGAUUGGCGCCGCGUUUAAUUGGCCCAAACGGGCAGCCACGCUUUUCCCCUCGCCUGUACCCACGCAGUUCCCCCGCUGAAGGUUUAUCAAAGGAGGUUUCGAUCCCACCAAGUUGUCAUCGUGUUCCCGUGACUAAAACGGUGGAAACCGCAAACUGAGGCAUUUAAAAAAAAAAAACGUUCCCUAGGCUCGUUUCGGCAAUGGCGUUACUAUAUGACCAGCAGCGCUGUCGGUGACUACCGCGACAGCGAGCCGCCCGCCCCGUGGGGACGACCGCGUCUCGUCUCGUUUCCAACGGUCGUUGAGAGGCGCCCAGAAGCUUUUGUGUUUUAAGUUCACUAAACUACAUAGGCUGCACCUGUGCAAGAACAUUGUUUUGCCUUUACCGCCUUCCACUUGUUGCUGGGUAUAAACAAAAAAAAAAUGCGUAGCAUUCUUUCACCAGCGAUAGCUAAUUGCGUUUGUGGUUUUUUUCCCUCUCUCUCCUCCGCAGCAGUGGAGUUUAUUUACGAUCUGCUUCGUAUUCAGUCGCUGUCGAGUUUUGCUUUCCUCGCAGUCGCCUUUUUUUCUUUUUGUUCGCUCGUAGCUUUUAAGUUGCCCCGAUUUUCUAGUCCCGUUCAACGCGUUUCAACCGCAUGCAUCACCCGGCUAUUGUACGUGGCGAACGCGCCUCUUCCGUCUUUCGUGUUCGACGGCGCGAGCUACAAGAGCCCGUUAAGCAAAUUAACAUACUAAAAUAGGAUGCUUUGCACAGGUAAAGGUUUUUUUUAGAAGUGACAUACUUUCUGAAAUAGUUGCAUAUUACUUUAAACUUCAGAUACCGCGAGAUAUUAUUCAAUUGCUUCCUGUAUUUUAAAAGCGUUCGUUUAUUGAAAACUGUUUUAAAAACUUUAAACUUCAUGGUAAUCUGUGCUUCCCUCCCCCCCCCCCCUCCCCAUUUUACUGUUAAAACUUUCUCAUUUUCCACUUUGCUCGCGGUAAAGUUUGUGCAUGGAGUUGAAUUUUUAAAUAAGCUGGCACUUCUCAGCGUUAUAGUGGACCGAUAGCCCCCUUGUGCGCAUUUUAAAUCCCAGCAUCGCAGUCUUUUGCAGUGCAGGAUAUGACGCUGAACACGUCAAGUUAUGAAUACGCCCAUGCAUGUGCGGCCCUAUUAUCAGUCCACUGCUGGAUGAGGGCCUCCCAAUGCCGUGCGGGUCAUGGGGGUUUCUGACCACACUUCACCCUGGUCAGUGCGGGUUGACGAAGGCGAGGAGCACGUACGUUUGGAGCAUGGUACAGUGCAACAGUGAAUGUUGGUGCACUGCCCUCUGACAAUGUAGCCCCGUAGCGGCCUGCAACGCCCGGUUUCAAGCGUGGUGGUCGCCCAUCCAAUCGCUAUCAAAGUUGAACCCCCGCUUAGCUUCCAAGAUGUGACGAGAUCAAGUGCACUGUGGGUGACUUGGGCCGUCGGCGUGCAGGCAUUGCCGGGAUGAGCGAGACAUUGGGCUGCGCACCGUUGCGGAGGAACAAACUCGCGCUCUUGCCAUCUGGGAGCAACAGAAGGCGCCGGAGCUUUCUGCGGAGCCUGGCGACCAGUGCCCAACUCACGGCACGGCCAGAUAGAGCGCCAGAUGUGGCAGUCAGCAUGCCAUGGCUAUGCCAGGGCCACGGCGAGGGACGUUGGCCGGGUGGCUAUGGAGAUCAGAACGCUGAGCUGGCACCGCUGAGAUUAUGGAUUCUAAUGCAGGCGGCUGUCCGUAACGAGAUGAUGCCCUCGGCCAACGACUGCACACAUACCCGUCGCAUUAAAUUUGGUUUUGCGCUAAGUUUCGGCUCCAUUCUACCUCUUGAGAAUUAAAAAAAUACCAUAAAACCUUG